AUGGGGCCUACCCUAAGGCCUCCAGCUUCAAAGAACUGCGUUGGCUGUAAUGGGUCGCAGCCCGAUUACCCACCGGCCCUGGUCACCUUCAUGUUCUGCGCGAUGGUUAUCACCAUCGUCGUAGACCUGAUCGGCAACUCCAUGGUUAUUCUGGCUGUGACCAAGAACAAGAAGCUGCGAAACUCUGGCAACAUCUUUGUGGUUAGUCUCUCCAUGGCUGAUGCGCUGGUAGCCAUCUAUCCGUACCCUCUGAUGCUGUACACCAUGUCGGUUGGGGGCUGGAAUCUGAGCCAGCUCCAGUGCCAAAUGGUUGGUUUCGUCACAGGGCUCAGUGUGGUUGGUUCCAUCUUCAACAUCAUGGCCAUCGCCAUCAACCGGUACUGCUACAUUUGCCACAGCCUGCAGUAUGAGCGGAUCUUCAGCGUGCGCAACACCUGUGUCUACCUGGUGGUCACCUGGGUCAUGACGGUCCUGGCUGUGCUGCCCAACAUGUACAUUGGCACCAUCGAAUAUGAUCCUCACACCUACACCUGCAUCUUCAACUAUCUGAGCAACCCUGUGUUCACCGUGACCAUUGUCUGCAUCCACUUUGUCCUCCCUCUCAUCAUAGUCGGCUUCUGCUACAUGAGGAUCUGGACCAAAGUCUUGGCAGCUCGAGACUCAGCUGCACAGAAUCCCGAUAACCAGUUUGCAGAGGUUCGCAAUUUUCUAACCAUGUUUGUGAUCUUUCUCCUUUUCGCAGUAUGCUGGUGCCCUAUCAAUGUGCUUAUGGUGUUCGUGGCUGUAAGUCCAAAGGAGAUGGCAAGCAAGAUUCCCCACUGGCUUUAUCUUGCAGCCUACCUCAUAGCCUACCUCAACAGCUGCCUCAAUGCUGUCAUCUAUGGGCUCCUUAAUGAGAAUUUCCGGCGAGAGUACUGGACCAUCUUCCAUGCUAUUCGCCAUCCUAUCCUGUUCUUCUCUGGCCUCAUCGCUGAUAUCCGGGAGAUGCAGGAAGCUCGUGCCCUCACCCGUGCCCGUGUCCGUGCCCGAGAUCAAGCCCGGGAACAAACCCGGGAACAAGCUCGGGAACAAGACCCUGCUCGCGCUCGUCCUGUUACACAGGGAACCCCGAGAAGUGUUCGAAAUGUUCCAUUGCCUGGAGAUGCUGCAGCUGGCCACCCCGAUCGUGCUUCUGGCCACCCCAAGAUCCAUACCAGGUCCACCUCGGCCUAUCGCAAACCUGCCUCUACCCAUCACAAACCUGUCUCUAGCCACUCCAAAGCUGCCUCUGGCCACGCCAAAUCAGUCUCUGGCCAUUCCAAGUCUGUCUCUGGCUACCCCAAGUCUGCCACUGUCUACCCUAAGCCGGCCUCGGUUCACUUCAAGUCUGAGUCUGUCCACUUCAAGCCAGCUUCUGUCCAUUUCAAGGGUGACUCUGUCCACUUCAAGGCUGACUCUUACCAUUUCAAGCCUAUUUCCAAGCCUGCCACUAAUCACCAUGUGUCUGCUAGCAGCAGCUCCACUUGCAGCCCCACCCCCCACCACCCUACACACACCACCGAACAUGUCAAGGCUGCUGCCAGCCAUGUUGAGUCCACCAGCACUGACUAUUUCGAGCCUGCCACCAGCUGCCACUCCAUGCCCACUGUUGCUGUGGAUCCUGACCUCCCUAAGCCCCAGUGCCCCAUGAUCAUCCCCACUGAGCCCCCCGAGUCUCACAUCACUGACCUUGAGCCUGCCUCCAGCCCUACCACCGUGUCCCAAGAGCCUGUUGUCCUUCAACAGGAACCUGCGGCUGCUGUAGAGCUCCCCCACACUCUUGCCACGGCUGCUGGCACCAAUGAUCACCCUGCGGUUGUGGUUAUUGAUGUGGAGGAGGAUUCUGAUGAGAUUGCAGUGUAA